AUAAGUAUAAAAACGAUAAGUAGAAGUCAAACAUUACAAAGAGAAAUAUCAAACGUUAAAAAUUGAAUAUUUUACGUUAGAAGUGAAACGUCAAUCGUUAGUAAAAAAAACGUCAGAUUUUCAUAUGCUUCUCAUUUAAUUACAACCGUUAUUACGGUUAUUUAAUCGUCAUCUUUAUUAUUAUUUCUUUUAAAAGAACAACUUGUAAGACGUUUUCUUAAGCCCUUUAUUAAAAUAUUUCGAACUCUAUUUAAACCUAAUUCUAGAACAGUGCGACCUGCCGCGUGCCUAUCCACAUAGAGAUGGCUUCCAACAUAUUUUCCAUUGACAUUUUGGAACUUUCCAGUGACCACUACUGGAAAGUUCGAAUUUUGAACUUAUUGAGACCGUUUUAAGCGUCCUUUACAUACAGUCAGGGCGUGGUUUAUGCAUUUUUUUCAUUCUCCGCAAAUCUUUGCCGCGUUUCUCAAUUAAUUAAAAGAAAAUAAAAAUCUUUUUAUUUUUUUUAUUUUAAAUACUUCAUAAUACAAUAAAAGUAUUUGGAUCAUUUUUGUUUUUUUUUUAAUAAUACUUUCAUUUUACAGCAUAUAACUGAAUAAACUCCUUUAAAAGGAAAUCAUUCACAGCUUUUAAUUAAUUUUCGAUAAAAUAAAAUAAAUUCAGUCGCGAAUACGUUAAAAGAAGCCUCAAAUUUAUUCGCAACACAUACAAAGAGCUCAAGUGGUGCCGGUGGUGCCUUAUCAAUGUAUUCAAACAUAAAGAUUGGCUACUCCGAAGCGAAGAAGUUCGCGGAAUAUCGCGGAAUUAGUCACAUUGUAGCUUCGAGAGUGAAAUGAGUUCUCAGCAAGACCAAGUUGCGGUGAAGGAUGAACCGAAGAAGGAUGAUUUGCAUAAGGACCAAAAGGAUGAAGCUUUAAAGGAUGAGGAUGCGAAGGAUGAAUCCUCCAAGGAAUUGCGUGAUAAAGAAUUGGAGGACCUGGAGAAAGGCUUUGAAGAGACAUUGAGGAGCAUUCAGACGAUAAAAGAUUGCAAAGAAAUCAUGGGAGGUCUCCAAGAAUACAUUCUCCAUCUUCUCACCUCUAAUGAAGGUGAUGAAGGUUUCCCAGAAGAUGAAGAAGAGGAGGAUGGAGCAGCUGUUGGUGGGCACACAGACACCCUCAUGGGGAUGGAGAAGGAAAAGCUGAAGGCUUCGAAGGAGGAUGCAACUGAGAGGUUUGAGAUGUUCAAGAAAACCCUCGCUGAGGGUGCCAAAGAAACCUUCAGCUACGACAUGUCAUCCAUUGAUAAGGAGAUUGAGCGAAUUAAGAAGGAUUUCGAAGAAAUGCAGGGUGGAAUGAAAUUAUUUGAUGAGCAAGAAAAGCUCUUUGAGGAAAUUAAGAAAAUAAAAGAAGAGGAGGACGAAUAAUCCUGCGGCAGUUGUAAGUUUUCCGUGUUUUUUGAAUUUCUCUUCCCGCCAAAGCAAAUCUUUCCGUCACCCGCGCGGCGAAAUGCUGUGAGUUCCGAUUGUGCGCCGAAGGGUACACGAAGGUGCGACAGUAGACUCGUCGGAUGCUAAAUGGAGAGGAAUUUAUAUUAUUUUUUUGCUAAUUUUUUUCCCUGUGAAUUUUGAGUUAAUUACCCGUGAAAAUGCAAUCAUUCUACAGUGUGGAGAUCAAUAAGACAGAAUGGAAUGUUCCGGCACGCUAUCAGAUGCUGACUCCCGUGGGAUCGGGUGCCUAUGGGCAAGUUUGUUCAGCCGUCGAUACGCUCAAUAAUACAAAAGUGGCGAUAAAGAAACUUGCCCGGCCCUUCCAGACGGCCGUGCAUGCAAAACGGACGUACAGGGAGCUUCGUAUGUUGAAGCACAUGAACCAUGAGAACGUGAUAGGAUUGCUGAAUGUCUUCCAUCCGGGUACAAAAUCCCUGGAAAACUUCCAGCAUGUCUACCUUGUGACGCAUCUCAUGGGUGCAGACCUCAACAACAUCAUCCGGACGCAGAAGCUCUCGGAUGAUCACGUCCAAUUCCUCGUCUAUCAAAUCCUACGUGGCCUUAAGUACAUCCACAGCGCUGGGAUAAUUCAUCGUGACCUCAAGCCAUCCAAUAUUGCCGUGAAUGAGGAUUGCGAAUUGAAAAUCUUGGACUUCGGGCUGGCGCGGCCCACGGAGAAUGAGAUGACGGGCUACGUUGCGACGAGGUGGUACCGUGCCCCCGAAAUCAUGCUCAAUUGGAUGCACUACAACCAGACGGUGGACAUUUGGUCUGUUGGUUGCAUCAUGGCUGAAUUGCUCACUGGACGUACCCUCUUUCCCGGUUCGGAUCACAUUCAUCAGCUGAACCUCAUCAUGGAGGUCCUCGGGACGCCCACGGAUGAUUUUAUGGCGAAGAUUUCGUCUGAGAGUGCACGGAAUUACAUCAAAUCCCUCCCAAUAAUGAAGAAACAAGACCUGAGGACGGUGUUCCUGGGCGCCAAUCCGAAGGCAAUUGAUUUGCUGGAAAAAAUGCUGGAACUCGAUGCGGAUAAGCGAAUUCAGGCGGAGGAGGCACUUGCUCAUCCAUACCUGGAGAAGUAUGCCGAUCCCACGGAUGAACCAACAUCAGCACUGUACGAUCAGAGCUUCGAAGAUAUGGAUUUGCCAGUGGAGAAGUGGAAGCAGUUGGUCUUUGAGGAGGUUAUGGGUUUCAUGGAGGCAUCAGCAGCAGCAGCAGCAGCUGGGUCAUCGGAUAAAUGACCUUCCUGCCCAAUCCUGGGUGGGAGGAGGGUGUUUAGCGAGAUGAGUGCGUGCAAAUGAAUUUCUUUCUGUAUUAUUCACAAAAAAAAAUGUGUAUUUUGCGAGGCAAUAUUGCAAUUUUAUUGAGACACUGUGAAGACCGUUUAAGACCUACAUUUACCUGCUUUUUAGUUCAGCCAUAAAAUAUAAUAUUUUCCAUAGAAA